CAGCUAACCAGGGGGGCAGAAAACGAGGAGAUCGGACACAUACACUGUUCCUUUAGGGAACACUAAUUCAAGAGGCAUACAAACUCUUCAAGUUGUUUCUCUGCUCUUGUUGGGGUGUCUUUUCCUCCUAAACGAGUGGAUUUUACCCGAUUCAGGGGAGCCAUGGGAUUUGGGGUUAGGGGUGCAAGGACAGCGUUCCUGUGUUUAUGGAGGUUAUUUGUACUGCUUUGUGGAUUCUCGACCACUCACUCCCAAACGACUGGGGACGGGAAGUCCUUGUACUUCUGGGAGACAGGUCCAUGGGGCAGGUGUAUGGGAAGUGAGUGCGGACCUGGAGGGAGUCAAAGUCGGGCGGUGUGGUGCGCUCACGUGGAAGGCUGGACCACCCUUCAUACCAACUGCCUUCAGUCCACACGACCAGCCAAUCAGCAGAGCUGCUUCCGUGUAUGCGACUGGCACAAGGACCUUUACGACUGGCGAAGGGGUCCAUGGAACCAGUGUGUUCCCAUAUCCUUGCGGACUGGUACUGGGCGCACAGGCAUAUGCUUGCAGGGCGAAGAGGGCAUCCAGAAUCGGGAGGUAAACUGUGCACUCAAAGCAGAUGGGUCGCCGGCUGACGAUGCCAUCUGUGAGUACUUUGAGCCCAAACCCCGACAGGAACAAGCCUGUCUUAUACCAUGCCCUCAGAACUGUGUGGUGACCGAGUUCACCCCUUGGACCACAUGCUCCAAAACAUGCGGGCUGGGCCUGCAAAACCGCAUUCGCUCCGUGGUGGCGCCGCCACUUUUUGGGGGGCUUCCUUGCCCCAAUCUGACUGAGUUCCAGACCUGUGCGCCUAGAGCUUGCGAAAGCAGAGAAACUGCGUUUAAUUUGAGGGUGGGCGGAUGGAGCGAGUGCAAAAUGCCCUCUCCAUCUCCAACAUCACAACCGGAGUCCUCUGUCGCCCCCGCACGUCCCGUCCGCCAGGCCAGACGGCGCAAAGGCAAAGAGAGGAAGGCAAACAGAGACCCAGAGAUGCACGAGCUCAUCAAGAACAAACGCAACCGCAACCGGCUGAACCGACAAGAAGGUGACCUCUGGAAAAUCGAAGUGGGCUACCAGUCUCGACAGGUGGUUUGUGUACAUCGAAAUGGGAGUACGGUAUCAAUCAGCCAGUGCCCCCACUGGAGUCUUCCGGAAACCUACCAGUCUUGCCUGAUGCCCAAGGAGUGUGUGAUCAGCGAAUGGGGCAAGUGGAGCCCCUGCUCCAGGACCUGCUCUGACCCCAGUAUCCCUCAGGGUACACGCUCCCGCAGCAGACAGGUACUACGUCUUCCUGCUGGAGGAGGGGCCCAGUGCCCCCAGCUGGAGGAGAGUCAGACCUGUGAGCCUAGAGGGGACGGGGUGCAACCCUGUGCCACUUAUGCAUGGCGGACCACGGAAUGGCGCGAGUGUCGAGUCGAAGCGUUGCUCAGUCAACAGGAUCGACGCCGUGGCAACCAGACAGGGCUGUGUGGCGGAGGUGUACAGAACAGGGAAGUGUACUGCAUCCAGGCCAACGCUGAACUGCUCAACUACAUCAAUAACAAUAAAGACAAACAAGAGGGCCAGUCUCUAAACGGCCUGACGCCGAGUGUCCCUCCUCUCCUCUCUAUCACCUUUGAGAUCUCAGCAUCGCAACCUGUGGACAAUCGGCUUUGCGCGGGACCUUCUCCCAGCAACACACAGCUGUGCCACAUCCCGUGUCCUGUGGAGUGUGAACUGUCCCCGUGGGGUGCCUGGGGGCCCUGCACCUUUGAGAACUGCGAUGAACGUGUUGUGAAGAAAGGUUUCAAGUUCAGACGGCGUAAAAUUACUAAUUACCCCACCGGUGGCGAGAGUAACUGUCCUCACCUGGUGGAGGCCAUCCCGUGCGAUGAUCCCAGCUGUUUUACCUGGCAACUGCUCAAGCUAGAGGAGUGUAUUCCUGAUGACGACAUGGACUGCGGAGAGGGGACUCAAAAUCCGCAGGUCCGCUGCGUCAACAGUGAAGGUAAAGAGGUGGAAAGGGAGCUGUGUGCUGAAGCGGUGUACCCGGCACCUGCGCCCUGUGUGGUGCCCUGCCCUAAAGACUGUGCCCUCAGCCUCUGGACUGCAUGGUCCACCUGCUCCCAAACCUGCUCCAGCAAAACUGCCGAGGGUAAACAGAUGAGAACCCGAGCCAUACUGGCUUACAAUGCAGGAGAAGGAGGUUCUAGCUGCCCCAACACAACCGCCCUGCAGGAAGUUCGCAACUGUAACGAGCAUCCCUGCAUCGUGUAUCAUUGGCAGACGGGCCCCUGGGGACAGUGUGCGGAGGACACCACCACAUCCAACCUCAACGUCUCCUCCAGCGCAGACAAAUCCACCUGUGCCUUGGGCAUGCAGACACGCAAGGUCAUCUGCAUGAAAGUCAAUGUCGGACAAGUGCCACCUAAAAAAUGUCCUGAAGCCCCUCGCCCAGAGUCAGUGCGACCCUGUCUGCUGCCCUGUAAGAAAGACUGUAUAGUGACACCCUUCAGUGAAUGGACAGAGUGCCCCACAUCCUGUGAAGCAGCUGCAAAUGAGCAGAAGAGUAAACAAACUCGCUAUCGAGUGGUCAUCCAGAUGCCAGCAAAUGGAGGUCAGGAGUGUCCGGACGUCCAUUAUGAAGAGAAAGACUGUGAGACACCAUCUGUCUGCCUGGUUUACAGGUGGAAAACACACAAGUGGCGUAAAUGUCUGCUGGUGGCAUGGAGUAUCCGCAAAGACAGUAAAGGAGCUCAGGAGAACUGUGGCGCUGGAGUCCAGACUAGAGCUAUCUCAUGUAGGCAGCUGGAUGGCACAAUGGCGGAUUUCGUGCAGUGUCUGAAGUUUGCCAACAGCAUGCCCGCUGUAAGCCAGCCCUGCCAGUUACCGUGUCGAGACGACUGCCAGCUCACCAACUGGUCCAAGUUUUCUCCUUGCACCUCAGACUGUGUCGGGGUUCGUACACGGAAGAGAGCUCUCGUAGGAAAAAGCAAGAAGAAGGACAAGUGUAAGAACAGCCAGAUGUACCCACUGAGCGAGACCCAGUACUGUCCCUGUGACAAAUACAACGCCCAGCCUGUGGGUAACUGGUCCGACUGCAUUCUGCCAGAGGGCCGUUUGGAGAGCGCUUUGGGCAUGAAGGUGCAGGGAGAUGUUAAGGAGUGCGGCCAGGGCUACCGGUACCAGGCCAUGGUGUGCUAUGACCAAGAGAACAGGCUUGUAGAGACUUCACGUUGUAACAGUCACGGAUAUAUAGAGGAGGCCUGCAUCGUUCCCUGUCCAUCUGAUUGUAAACUCAGUGAAUGGUCAAACUGGUCGCGCUGCAGCAAAUCCUGUGGAAGUGGGGUCAAAGUUCGCUCCAAGUGGCUUAGAGAAAAGCCAUAUAAUGGUGGAAGACCCUGUCCGAAACUAGACCACCUUAACCAGAUGUAUGAAGUGGUCCCAUGUGUGAGUGACUGCAGUCAGUAUAUUUGGGUUGCUGAACCCUGGAGCGUGUGGAAAGUGAGUAAUGUGGACCUAAAGGAGAACUGUGGUGAAGGUGUGCAGACCAGAAGAGUCAGGUGUAUGUUUAACACAGUGGAUGGCCCCACUGAUGCUAUGGAAGACUAUCUGUGUGAUCCAGAAGAGAUGCCGCUGGGCACAAGGGAGAGCCGGCUGCCCUGCCCCGAGGACUGUGUGCUGUCCGACUGGAGUCCCUGGACCCCGUGUGACCUGCCUUGCUCUGGAAGAGGUGACCGGGAGAGGACAGCGUUUGCCCUGCGUCUACCUAAAGAGGGAGAAGACUGUCCGGUUAGCAUGCAGACCGAGCCUUGCCUUCUGAACCGGAACUGUUUUCACUACAGUUACAACAUCACAGACUGGAGCACAUGCCAAUUAAGUGCCAAUGCUGUGUGUGGAAUUGGUGUCAAGACGAGGAUGUUAGACUGCGUUAGAAGUGAUGGCAAGUCUGUUGACCUGAAGUUCUGCAAAGAGCUUGGCUUAGAGAAAAAGUGGCUGAUGAAUGCUUCCUGUACGGUGGAGUGUCCAAUCAACUGUCAGCUCUCUGAUUGGUCGGCAUGGUCUGAUUGCUCCCAGACCUGUGGCCUCGAAGGGAAGAUGUGGCGGAGACGGACAGUGGUACAGGCGUCUCAGGGAGACGGGAGGCCGUGUCCAUCCCAGAUGGAGCAGUGGAAGCCAUGCCCCGUGCGACCCUGUUACAAAUGGCAGUACGGUCCCUGGUCAGAGUGCCGCGUGGAGGAGGUGGUGUGCGGGGUGGGCCUGCGUUUCCGCACCCUGUCCUGCUUCGUAUCGGAUGGCUCCAGCGACGGGCGAAGCAGCAUUGUAGAUGAGGAGCUCUGCGCUGGACUUGAACAGGCCGUCGAUGGGGAUAAAAACAUUGUUCUGGAGGAGACUUGCACCUUACCCUGCCCUGGUGACUGUUAUCUGAUGGAGUGGUCCGACUGGAGCUCAUGUCAGAGUGUGUGUGUGAAGGGCCAGCGUUUGGACUUCAGUCCUGUGCAGGUCCGCUCGCGUGCCGUCUUUGCCCAGGAACCAGAGAACAUCGCUCAGUGCCCCGAUCAGGAGUGGCAGUCCCGGCCCUGUACCAAUGGAGAGUGUUAUGAGUACAGGUGGAUGGGCGAUUCUGUGCUGAUCUGGUGUGAACGUUCUGAUGGAAUAAACGUCACAGGUGGAUGCCCUUCAGCCCUGCCACCAGGGUCAGACCCCUCAUGUGAUCCACCUUGUGACAAGCCAGAGUCGUUCUGCUCAGAGGAUGGUUUAUGCACAUGCGAGGAAGGCUAUACUGAGGUGUUGACAGCAGAGGGGCAGUUGGAACAGUGUACACCAAUCCCUGUGCUCGAGAUCCCCACAGCAGGAGAUAAGAAAUCUGAUGUCAAAACCAGCCGGGCCAUCAACCCCACCCUGCCCACCACCAUACAGCCAGGCCGAGUGGGCCGCACCUGGUACUUGCAACCCUUCGGACCUGACGGUAAGCUGAAGACUUGGGUAUACGGUGUGGCGGCUGGUGUUUUUGUCCUCCUGGUCUUUAUAGUGUCAAUGAUUUACCUCGCAUGCAAAAAGCCAAAGAAACCUCAGCGAAGACAAAACAAUAAUAGACUGAAACCCCUGACCCUGGCUUACGAUGGAGAUGCGGACAUGUAGCCUUUCUCGAAGAAGAAAUGAAUUGAAAUCAUCAUCAACAUUCUGCAAAUGGAUGAAUCUCAUGAAAAUAUGCCUGGGUCAAAUUUCACUCCAAAAUCAAAGCGGAAGAAACUUAAUUUUGCAAAAAUAAAAUAAAACCUAUUUGUGGGACCAUUAAGAUUUUUUUGCAUUUUGACAUGAUUUCAUCACUAAUAAUCACAUUUUACAACUGAAUUCUUAUUAACGUAAUGCAUUCGUACAUUUUACUUUGGAGUUAUUCUGUAAUUCCUAUUAUUCUCAGUGGUGAUACUUAUUAGACUCUCAUCACCGUUUACAGUGUUUGUUUUUGUUUUUUUUUACAUUUCAAAAUAAGUCAAAAUUACUGUAAUGCAUUUUUUCUUGGUAACACUUUAAAUUUAGUUAAUGCACGAGGUAUCAUGAACUAAAAAACUAACAAUAUUUUUUAACAGCAUUUAUUAAUCUUUGGUUAUUGUUAAUUUAUAAAAUUCAAUUGUUCAUUGUAAGUUUAUGUAAGUUCAUAAUGCAUUAAUUUAAAAACAUUUUUUAUUAAAAACAUUUAUUAGUAUACACCGAUGAGCCAAAACAUUAUGACCACUCACAGGUGAAGCUAAUAACGCCGAUCAUAUCCUAACAAGGCCACAUGUCAAGGUCUGGGUAGAUUAGAUGGUAAGCGAACAAUCAGUUCUCAUAGUCAAUGUGUUGAAUGCAGAAGAAAUGGGCAAGAGGAAAGACCUUAGCGUCUUUGAUAAGGGCCAAAUUGUUAUGGCCAGACGACUGGGUCAGAGCAUCUCUGAAACGGCAAGGCUUGUGGGGUGCUCCUGGUCAGCAGUGGUGAGGACCUACCAACAGUGGUCCAAGGAGGGACAAACCACGAACCGGCAACAGGGUGUUGGGCACCCCAGGCUCAUUGAUGCGCGAGGGCAAUGAAGGCUAUCUGGUCUGGUCCGAACCCACAGAAGGUCUACUGUGGCACAAGUCACAGAGAAUUUUAAUGAUGUUAUGGGAGGAAUGUGUCACAACACACAGUGACCAGUCAGACAGGUCAGAGUGCCCAUGAUGACGCCUGUCCACCGUCAAAAGCACCUAAAAUGGGCAGACAAGUGUCUGAAAUGGACCUUGGAGCAGUGGAAAAAGGUUGUCUGGUCCAAAGAGUCCCGUUUUCUUUUACAUCACGUAGACGGCCGUGUACAUGUGUGCACCGUUUACCUGGGGAAGUGAUGGCACGAGGAUACACUGUGGGAAGACAACAAGCUGGUGGAGGGAGUGUAAUGCCCUGGGUCUGGCCAUUCAUGUGGACAUCAGUUUGACACGUGCCACCUACCUAAACAUCGUUUCAGACCAGGUACACCCCUUCAUGGCAAUGGUAUUCCCUUAUGGCAGUGGACUCUUUCAGCAGAAAAAUGCGCCCUGCCACACUGCACACAUUGUUCGGGAAUGGUUUGAGGAACAUGAUGAAGAGUUCAAGCUGUUGCCCUGGCCUCCAAAUUCCCCAGAUCUCAAUCCGAUUGAGCAUCUGUGGGAUGUGCUGGACCAACAAGUCUGAUCCACGGCAGCUCCACUUCACAACUUACAGGACUUGGAAGAUCUGCUGCUAAUGUCUUGGUGCCAGAUACCACAGGACACCUUCAGGGGUCUUGUAGAGUCUAUGCCUCGGCGGGUCGGCUGUGUUUUGGCAGCAUGCGGAAGACCAACAGCAUAUUAGGCAGGUUGUCAUUGUGUUUUGGGUCAUCAGUGUAUGUUGAAAUUAAAAUUAACCAAAAUUAAUUAACUCUUUUUUUUACUAGUUUUUUUACUAACUCUUUCUUAGUUUACUAGUGUAGUUUACUAGUUUUAACAAAUGCAACCUUAUUGUAAAGUGUUACCGUUUUCUUUUUACAAGCAUAAAUUAAAGGAGAACAAAUACUACCAUGAUGUAAAUACUUAACAAUUUGGGGGGGGGGGAAUGCGGUUAAAUGUAAUGAACAUUUUGUCACAGCAAUACAAACAAUUCUGAAAUAGGCUUCAGUUUAAGCAUAACAAUUUAUUGUUCUUUCUCUUGAUUUGGGAGUGAAAUAUGACAUGUCCCAUCCAUCUCAAAUAGUGGACCCUCAUUUCUUAAAUCUAACUUAAAGAAGAAACAUCCAUGGGCUGUACAAACUACCUUCUUACUUUGCUUUUACUCCAUGUUCUUGUUCUGGAAGAGCCUUUACAAUCUCCAAAUGCUGUGAGAUCAUGCCUUCGUUUUACAUUCAGUUCCUUACACGUAUUUGUUGAUUAUGCAACUGCAGUCAAGCUAGUGGUAUUCUUUGAUUAGUCAGACUUCUCUCAAGGACCUUAUCGGCACAAAUUUCUUCCGACUUGUGCUUCUCAGCUGAAAGACUUCAUGUGGAGGAAGUUAUGGAAUAAACAAUGCCAAAACAAAAAAAGGAGAGACCAUCCAACUCUUAAGGAUACUUGUGAACGUCAAAUAUCACAUUAUGGACAAAAUUCACUCACAAGAUGCAGCCUUUCUAUGGAAGGUGGAAGUACUGAGAAAAAAAACAUGUUUUCCUGGAAGCCCCACUCUGAUUCCAGGUGUUAUUUUGCACUAUAUUAGUGCAGUACGGUAAGCACUUGCCUUUGAACAAUGCCUUUGAAGCAGCGAUUCUUCAAGGCAAAUCUAUACUUAACUGGAGCACACCAAUGAGGCAAGAUAACUGAGAAAGUGUACAAAUAUAUCUCAGAGUGGGAGACCUCACGUCCUUUUGUUUUAACUCAUUUGUGCAAUGUAUCAUUUCUAUGAUGUCUUUUCAGACUCUGAAAAUGUAUUUUUUGUUAUAGUUUUCCCAUUCGGACAUUUUUAUAUAUAUAAAAUAAUUGUUUGAUAUACAGUUGCUGGAGAAAAGUGGUCGUGACAGUAUUAUGACUUUUUGUUGGGGGGUCUACACCCCAUCUAAUGUUUGGUUUGUAAUUAUAUGAAUGAUAUAUGUGUCAAGAUAAUAGGUCUCACAGUAAGACCAAUAGUUUCUGCCUUAUUAUUGAUAAAGGAAUAUGGAAGGUGUCUCGGUAUUGUUUCUAACUGUUGCCAAUUCUCACAAAACAGUGGUCAUGCAAAAUACGGUGGCCCUAAAAAUAUUUGGACACUUAAGCCACAUUUAAAAUGUCACUGAAUUAAAUAAGAAAGCAAUUAGCAUCUGCAUUCCAAUGAUACUAGAUACAAUACUAGUUCAAUACAAGUUAAGCUCAAUCGACAGCAUAUGUGGCAUAAUGGUGAUUACCACUGAAAAUAAUUUGUUUAAAUGAAUUGUAAUUAAUCUAAUGAUAAUUUAAAUUAACUUUUAUUUAAAAAAGGUACUUACAAUGGAAGUGAAUGGAGCCAGUCCAUAAAUACUAAAAUACACACUGUUUUAAAAGUAUAGACACGAGACGUAAACAUUAAACAUAAAAUCUCUGUUCAGUAUGAUUUUAUUAUGAUAAAAUCGAUUACCGAGUUUACCAGCAUUACAUCAUCAUGGCAACAAAGUUGUAAUAUUGAUUAUAGCUACACAGAUAUGGGUAAUAAGCGAUUUUAUGACACUAAAAUCAUGGUAACACGUAUAAUGUUUACGUCUUGUGGCUAUGCAUUUGAAACAGUGUGUAUUUUAACGUUUAUAGACUGGCCCCAUUCACUUUCAUUGUAAGUUCCUUAGUGUGACCACAAUUUUUGCUUCUUUUUUUUUAUUAUUAUUAAAUGGGGUGAAUAUUUUUUUUUGUGGAAAUCAAUAUUAUGCCACAAAUUCUAUCAUUUGAGCUUGUAUUGAACUUGUAUUGAUCCCGAAACAUUCCUUUACAGUAAAUGCCACUUUGAUAUUUUGUUAUCUAAUCCAAUGACAUUUAUACAUUCUACGUGUAGAUUAAGUUUGCAAAUACUUUCUGGGGCCACUGUAAAAAUGUAGCACUUUUGUUGAACCUGAUAUAAAUAUAUUUUUGUUGUAAGAUAUUAUAGCAUCAUAGAUAAAAUCACAAUUUGACUCAAUUCUCACACACAAGUACGAAAAUUAUGCAACCAAUUUUAUGUAGUCUUGAGAUUUUGUAGUUAAGCAGAUUAUUCAAUAUUAAUCCAUUUAUAUAUCCACAACAUAUUUUCAAAUUAUUAUGCAUUGCCCCUUUAAUCCCUAAAAAGAGAAAUAAUGUAAAAAAUGGUGUAUAAAAGCUAAGCUAAUCAAAAUUUAUUUGAUUUGAAUUUGACAAUCCAUUAUAUUGAGACAACAGUGUGAGCAUGAUAUCAUUCCUAAAAUGUGAUUGUUCUGUGAAUCCCACUAAGACUAUUGAAAUAAUGUUAAAAAUGCUUUUUAUCGGUCAAUGUUCUGUUCCUUAUAUUUUCCUCCCAUUCAGAACCUGUUGAUGCUCACUGGCCUCACCCAUGGGCCUGACUUUACUUUGCUUAAAUGAGUUCACAUUUACUAUAUAGUGUGCUGUACAAAUCUGUAUAAUUUUUU